AUGAUUACAAAAGGUCAGCCUAAUAAUAAUGUUAGUUUAGCUUGGCCUCAAUAUUCAUCCAACACUGAUCAAGUCCUAAUACUUGAUAAAAACAUGUCCACUACGAACUUCAUUGGAGUUUAUCCUAAUUGUGAUCUCUUAUCAAAUGUACAAGUCAAAGUUUUUGGCGAAUAUCUUGGUUUCAAUGCUACAUGUACUGUAGACAACAAAUGCUUUAUUGUUAAUUCUACUACAAUUGCUAGUUCAACUGAGACCACUAGCUCAACUACAAUGUCUGGUUCAACUUAUACUUAG